AUUAUCUAUUUUCUAUCUCCAAGCAGUGUCGGGCAAGCAAUAGUCGGUCACAUUGUAAUGGCGUGUUGUCGUAACCUGAAGUUAUUUCGUCCUGCUAAAAUUGCCUUGUCCUCCAUUCAGGUAGACAAUGUAUAUCGAAGGACACCAGGUAUUCUCCUGAGGUACUGCAGCUCCUCCAGUAAUAAUGAGAACGUUAGUCGUUACCCGGUUCCCUACAAGAAAGAUCUGCCUUAUGACAUAGUGGAACUUAUGGAGGAGGUGGAAACAAAGGGUGGAUUCCUUCCCAAUGUGUUCAAGGCACUGUCUCAUAGACCAGAUGAAUUCCGUGCAUUCUUUGCCUACUAUAAUGUCCUGAUGAACAAAGAAACAGGGAAUUUGUCAAAGGCAGACCGCGAGCUGAUUGUUGUCGCCACCAGUGCCAAGAAUCACUGCCUGUACUGUGUCAUUUCCCAUAGUGCACUGCAUCGCAUCUAUUCCAAGAAACCUUCUCUAGCAGAUCAGGUGGCAGUGAACUAUGGCACCGCCGACUUGAGUCCUCGUGAACGCGCCAUGCUGGACUUCGCUCUGACCGUGUGCCGCAGCGAAAACGUGACGGAGCAGCACUUCCGGGCGCUGGAGGAGCACGGCCUGGACCGCGAGGACGCCUGGGACAUCGCCGCCAUCGCCGCCUUCUUCGCCAUGUCCAACCGGCUGGCCCACCUCACGGACAUGCGCCCCAACGCCGAGUUCUACAACUUGGGCAGGCUGCCACGGGACAAGGCGGGCAAGGGUGGCAAGGAGGGCAAGGGAGAGAAGACGAAGGAUGGCAGUGCAUGAUGGGGAUGAUGAGUUUGUCGGCAAUUCCACUGCUGAUUCUCAUCCUCUGUUGUUUCCAGGGUGCCUGUCCAGUAUGUACUGUAUGCUCUUCAUCACCCUUUUCAUAAUAAUACAUUAAUGUUACUGCUCUAAGAUCAGAAAAUACUUUUCUGUUAUUGGCCGGGUUUCCCAGAUUCGUUAAGAAGCUCUGAAGUGUUAAGAACUUCUUUGGAGCGUUCUUACCACUUAAGAGCUUCAUAACGAAUCUGGAAAACCCGGCCAUUAUCUGUCCUCUUAGAGCUUUUGCAGUGCUGUUCCUUAAUACUUGAUAUCCAGUCGAAAUACUGGAAUGGAGAAUAAGGUCUGGUGUUCUUUCCGGGGGACAUCUGCAAUAUGCCAUACAAGAUUAAACAUCUGCGUAAUUGCAGGGGAUUGCCUUUGUGGGAGCGUUAAUGUGACCAUUCUGAAGUGAUUUCCUGUUCGUCCUGAGAUUUGACCUGAUGGCCAUUAAAGCCCCUGCACUCAUUCUGUCAUUUACAAAUGGAUGUAGCCCGUGCCAAUGAGUUGCAUGAACACUGAAUGUCAAGUAUUCUCCCGCAAAGUCACACUGAGGGUAAACUGUACAUGAUAUCAACAUGAGCAAACUUGCUGUACACUUAUGAAAGUGCUUUGAGCUUCAAGCACAUAACUGGCAGAUUGUGUACUGGGAUCGAGAGACUUAACAGAUUAUCUGUUGAGAUUCAAGUUCAGUGUGUAAAAUUGCUGUUGAAAACCAAGUCAUGACUAGCGCAAAAAUUCUGUUUGGCAACAGCAAAGUGAUAGAAUGCUGCGUUUUGUGCGUUCAAUGAAAUAUGCUUGAUACUGUGAUUUGAGUUUCUAUGCAAGUAGAACUACUUCCUUGUCAGCAUCUGAUGCCAUAAGCAGCUGUAUCUAUUCUAACAUUUCCACAGCAGCAGUUCACAUGCAAGCAAAUGGCUACAGCUUUAAGUGGUCGUGUGUAGAUGCCCACAUGAUAACAGUAACAGUCACAAGCACUAUUGAGCAUCACGGCAGAGAUUAGAUAUUGUGAGGUGGCUGGCCUUAAUAAACAAAUAGGCCAACCACAUCUGGGAUAUAGAAUCUUUGCUUAUACAGUAUACCAACCACAACUGGGAUACAGAAUCUUUGCCUAUUAUACCACCCACAGAAUCUUUGCUUUAUACUAUGUUUCUAUACAUUUGCAUAUUGUUUUGUAUAGGUGUUUGUGUAAUUCUAUGGAGCUGCAAAGCCAUACUCAUUUGAUUAUUCACAGCAAUAUACACGCUAGAAUUGAGCUAUUUUUCUGCAUUUUGCCAUGAGAUCAAUUAUGACUUUUCCACCUGUGACCCUGCCAAAGGUCGGUCUGAGGUAAAGUAACAGGCUGGUAGAAAAUGGCUUAUUUAUAUCAGAUGGAUUUAAAGGUUUAUAUUUAUGAGGGAUAUUAUGCACAAAGGCAGCCAGUGAAUUAGCAAACUCGUCUCAAGGCAGACCCAAGAGAAUUCUGGAUGUUUCUAAUCUGAAACCCCAUUAAGACACUGAAUAUGUAUGACCAUACAUGGCUAAUGGUAAUGUGCUGUUACACCACCAGGGGGAGAUAGAGCUCAACACUUGUAACUGUUUCGUCUUUGAAGUAGGUACUGAUUUGUAUUCUGUGUAAAAACCCUUAUUGAUUUUUCAGUGGCAUUUGUGUAAAAACUAUUUCAACAACUCUGAAUUAAAUAAAACUAUAUGGUUUUCAAAUA